ACACAAAUGGCGGACGGUGUAAACAACAGCUUCUCAGAGGCCGAGGUGAAAAACAACCGAUUUUAAGAUGAAUAACGCGGAGUGCGAGCGGCCGGACAGCCUGGAGGGCUGGGUGGCCGUCCGGAGCAACAUCUUCGAGGAGACGGAGACCUUCAAACUGGGCUUCAUCGUCCAGUGGAGCGUCAUCGAGUCCAAGUUCGCCGUCACCUGUCACAACCGGACCUUACAGCGGCAGCGGCGGAGAGUCCCGGUGUCCGGGGACCAUGAGGUGAGCUGGGCCGGACUCUUCUCCGUCAGCGACCUCCGGCACAUCCACCAGCACUUCACCUGCGUGGCGGACGUCCUGGCCGCCUGCUUCCCGGACCUGGCCGACUUCGAGGAGGGCAACAUCUGGGACCUGCUUCUCCUCAGCAGCCGGAGGAGGUCCGGGGCCGAGGAGGAGGAGGACGACGGCCGGGACUUCGACAGCCCGUGUCGGAAGCUGGAGAAGUAUUUCAGCGCCGCCAUCGACAUCUGCGGCCGGAAAAUAGUCCUCGACACUCUGUUCACCCAGGACGAGAAGGACGUGGACGAGUACUUCGAAAACAUGCAGGAGUUCAAGAGGAAGACGAUGCAGGAGGAGAUGUCCCGGGUCAAAGGUCAAGUGCGACAGCUGCUGCAGAGUCACGGCAGCGCCGACAGAAUGGUGGCUCUGCUCGACAUCUAUGAGGAAGAGGACGCGGCCUACCGGGACCUGGUCACUGUGGCCACCACCUUCUUUCAUUACCUGCUGCAGCCUUUCAGGGACAUGAGAGAGCUGGCCUGCCUCUACAAGAUGGAGAUCCUGAAGACUUUGGAGUUUGAGGACUUGGGUCCUAAGAGAAUUGCAGCUCUGGAGACGGAGGCGGAGGAGUGGAGGACGAAAGCAGAAGACGCUGUUGCCUCGAUCCAGGACAUCACUGUCACCUACUUUGCACAGACUUCAAAGGCGCUGGCUGGGAUGUUAAAGCAGAUGCAGGAGGACAAGUCUCGUUUUGGAGCCGCUGCCUGGGCGUCCGCGGUUCCCCGACUGGAGAAACUACGCUUCCUCUUUGCCAAAGAAACGCUGCAGCACAUGAGAGCCGCAGAGAUGUGCCUCAACCGCAAGAAGGACGGCAUCAGAGAAAGGCUGAGCAGCCUGUCUGGCAGAGAGCACAGAGCUGACUCCAGGUCUGCGUCUGACGAUGGCCAGCAGCCGGACAGCGUGGACCAGCUGGAGCUGCAGUUCUACGAAACUCAACUAGAGCUGUAUGACACCAAGUUUGAGAUCCUAAAGAAUGAGGAGCAGCUGCUGAUGGCUCAGAUAGACACAGUGCGACGGCAGAUCAGAGAGCUGAAGGAGGAGGUGGUUUACUACGACGUGUGUGAGGAUCCAGAGGAGCUGCAGAGCUUGGUCCACACGGGGAUCCACCAAUCAGACCCUCCCGCUGCCACUCCCCUCAAAAGACGCCUACAGACCCUGGAGGCCAAGAGAGGCCACAUCUGCGCCCGGCGAGCUUACCUCCGCAACAAGAAGGAUCAGUGCAUGGAUGCCCAAGGGCAGAAGCAUCACGCGGCCAAGCAGAGCUCCGAAGUCUUCAACCAGCAUCAUCAUGUCCGUCUGAAACGAGAGAAGAAGAAAGAGGAGGAGGACAGGAGGAAGACGUGGGUGGACCAGGAGCGAGAGAAGACUCUGAGCAGAUUACGAUCCUUCAGACAGAAGCGACAUGGCCAGUACAUCCUGAAAACUCCUCACUCCAGGAUGUCUCCUUCAGACCUCGUCCCCUGUCCCUCCCAGCCGCUGUCCAUCAUCAGCCUCGGCCCCUCAUCUGAGUUUCCCUCCCUCUCUGUCGGCCCUGAGCCCAGACGCAGUAGAGCCUCCAAGAAACGGCAGCCGAAAGACGUCCCCGUCCAAAUCUACUGUGCACCGCCGCCUCCGUCAACAAAUAUCCCUACUGCGCCUCCGCCCCCGCCACCUCCUCCACCUCCCCCACCACUGCCCCCUGCCUUCCCUCCUCCAGCCCAGGCUUCCCCUGAGGACACACCGAAGCCUCUCAGCGAAAACGAGGAGCCGCCUUUCCCAGCAAGGAACACGCUCAAGCAAAACAUAGGAACAAUGGAUGAAGUGUUGGCCUCACUGCAGCGUGGACAGACUCGGCUUCGAAAAGUCCCUGAUCGCAAGACAGCGCCCUCUGCUGAUGACCCGAGGAACAGUCUGAUGUUGGCCAUCCGACACGGCGUCACCCUGAAGAAGGUGGAUCCUUCACGUGCUGAGGCCCCGAGCAGCGGAGACAACGAGCUGGAGCGCAGCAUCAAAGCCGCCAUGAUGAGGAUGAAGAAUGUAGCAGCCGACUCCGAUGAGGACGACAGAGAAGAGGACACACAGAGUAUAGAAUGGGACAGCUGAGAACACACAUACACACACACAUACACACACAUAAAGACAGACACACUGGCCCUGUUCAGACCUGGUGUUAACAUCCGUCCUCACAGAUCUGAUCACAAGUGGACGUUCUGGUGGUUUGUUCACACCUGAGAUGAAAACACCUCCUGUGAUCACUUCCACGCUCUAUAUGCAAAUUA